AUGUUGGAGUUACUAAAGAAUAUGGCAUCCAGCCAAGUGACUUCUUUGCUUUCUGCAGGUAAAACCUUCUAUCGUUCGGUCAUUUAUGAUUUCUCAAUUGUUUCUUUUAUUCAGUUGCUCCAACCAGAUGGAUCGACGAUUCCAAUACGAGCUGCAGAACCCUUGAGUUUGAUUCAAGUGCCUUUUAACUUGGAUGCUUUAACAGAUGAAGAACGUCGACACUUAGAAAUGAAGCGACACAAAACUAAGAAACUCACGUUACGUCAAAACUCACGAAUGUCGAAAGAUGGAAUUAAUCCGAAGUAUACGGUCCUAUUACCAACCUACAACGAAAAGGAGAAUUUACCAGUAUGUAUUUGGCUGAUCGAAAAAUAUAUGAAAAAGGCCGAAUUUUCUUACGAGGUGAUUAUCAUCGAUGACAACAGCCCAGAUGGAACAAUGGAUGUGGCUAAGAAGCUAGAAAAUGAAUUUGGCAGCGAUAAAAUUAUUUUGAGGCCUAGAGCAAGAAAGUUAGGUCUUGGAACUGCUUAUACCCACGGAUUGCAAUUUGCUCGAGGAGAUUAUAUUAUUUUGAUGGAUGCUGACCUAUCACAUCAUCCGAAGUUCAUUCCUGAAAUGAUCAAGUUGCAACAACAUAAAAAUUAUGACAUUGUAACGGGCACACGUUAUGCUAAUGGUGGUGGUGUUUCGGGUUGGGAUCUCAAACGAAAAUUCGUCAGCCGUGGUGCUAACUUUUUAGCUCAGUUUCUGCUUCGACCCGGAGUUUCUGAUUUGACUGGUUCUUUUCGUCUUUAUCGCAAGGAUGUUCUAGCAAGGUUGAUUGCUGACAGUGUUUCGAAGGGAUAUGUGUUCCAGAUGGAAAUGAUGUUUCGUGCAAGCAAAUUGAAUUACCGCAUAGGAGAAGUGCCGAUCUCUUUCGUUGACCGUUUUUACGGUGAAUCCAAACUAAGUGGCCAAGAAAUUGUUGAUUACAUCAAAGGAUUGUUAUACCUUUUCAUUUUCGUUUAA